UGUGGCCCGCAGCUCCAAUUCGUGAGAUCCGGGAUGACUACGAACGUGGAGACAAUGCCUCAUGGGAGCACUGCAUCGGUCGAUUGUCUUCGGCGAUGAACGUCACGGAUGUGUGGGUAACCCUUGCCGGAGACGGCUUGGAUUGAUGCGCCAGUUACAUGCCGCUCAGACCGACGAGCCGCGUAUAAAGCGACAAGGUGUUGGUUUCCGAAGACUCAUCAGCACCUGUUGAGCAUUCUUGCCCUUGUGUCCUGCUCCGACCUGAGCCCUUUGUCUCAUCUCCGCCCCGUUCCGUCCUGCCGAUGUUCCCGAACAACAGACAGCAUGCAGACACUGGCGUGGCACAUGUUCGCUGUACAUGGGACGGCGGGAUAUGCGGCAUCACGCUCGACGACUUGACGCCGUCCGGCGUUAUGCGCCAUCUUAAGGCGUUCCACUUCAACAGCCCUCUGAACGUCUGGGAGAACAAGAAACGCGGGGUAUGCCGCUGGUGUGACAACUGUGGCGGUGGCGAGAUGAAUUACGAGAGCUUGGGCAAGCACAUCGCGAGCGUUCACCUGCACAGCACGGCGCGCCCCUGCACGAUUUGCGGCCGUCAGUUCGCGAGGACGGAUACCCUCAGCCGACACCUGUUGGAGAAUUGCCCGGGGGCAUGACUGCCUAUCAGACUUGCUACGGAUGCAGAUACCCCAGCUUAACGCUUGGCAAGCUCGCCCAGUCUUCUGUACAACACCAUUGACUCUUCUUUGUAUUGUGUACACUUGUAUCGAAUAUCGAUUCGUCA